GCACCGUUUACAUGAACCAGCGGGUGUUUUUUUCCACAAAUGGAAACUAUUAAAUCAUUUCUGGCAUCUUUGUUUUUUAAAUAGUCGGGAGACUGAAGAGUCUGCGGAGUUAGCCGGCUUCUCGAAAUUUCGGAGCGGUAUAUGAGACGGGGUCGGCUGGGCGGUGAACGGUCUCACCAGUUCUUUUGAAAUGUGGCGCUUUGGAGCGGGUACGCUAAUCAGGCCCGCUGUAAGCUAUGUGCUUCCUCUUUUUAUGUUUCCACUUGUGGUGCAUUUGAAAACGGCCAACAGUAAUGUCUGAGUCUGUUUGAGUGGCGCCGUGCGGACAGAGAAUGCUUUAACAACCAAAACUGGAGAACCUUCCCGUAAAGACUCUGCUACCCAGUCACUCCUUUUCAUGAUGAGCCAGCAAGUGGGACAGCGUGACACAGAUCAUUGGGGAAGAUCAGACACAGGGACAAGUACAUGGGAAGCCAGCAACACUGUGUGUGAGCCUGAUGGUCUAUGUGACCAAGCAGUCCUUGUUUCAGCCGCCAAUUCUGAGCCACACAUUCGGAACCGCCGCCUGUCUCCUGGCUCGGGAAACUGUGGAGGUGGUGGGGGUGGAGGAUGCAUCUCUGGAGGUGACCAGCUGCCACGGCAGCUUUCACCCGACGGUGACCUGAUCGGUCCCAGCCAUGGCUUUAGCUUCCGCAGGGAAAAGGAACGCAGGGGCCCACAGCACAAAGGCCGUAGUCUGCGCAGGGAAAGUCAGAAGGGUGUUGGCCGUGUAAGUGAAAGGCCACAAAAGGUUAACCAAAAGGAAAGAUGGGUCGAGGACAGUUUGUCUCUACUUAAGCCCCCACCUGCCUUCCCAGUGCAAGACAGCCCUGCCAAGCUACAGCCUGCUGUUAGCUAUGCCUCCAAGGUGAAGGCGGGAGCUGCAACUGGAGCAUUAGAGGAAGACCGACCUGCCAUUGGCGUGCUGCUACAGAAUCAGUGGGGUCUAAGUUUCAUUAGUGAGGCAAGACCAGUCACAGAAGGCUCCGGCCCCAACUCCCCUUCCAGUACCCCACUGCCCACAGAUCCUAAACAUCCAGCAGACCUACAGCUUGACACAGUUCUCACAGUGAAGCCCCCAGAAGAAAGGCCAAUUCCAGUGUCUACCUCCCUCUACCCAAUUGCACGCGCAGAGGUCGACGAGAGCAAUGGAAAGCUGCUGCUCAGUUGUCGCCAUCUAGUGGAAGCUCUGAACUAUCAUAGUAAAGAGUGGAACGCUAUCUGCAACAGACAGAAAAAAGAUCCAAAAAGGGUGAUCUGGUACAAGGACACCAAGGAGCACCCAGCCUAGCAGUGUGACAGGCCCCUAGUGGAAACACACACAACUACAUACACAUAAAAAUACAUAAAGAUGGACAAAUUUGAGUCCUGUUCUCACACUGCACUCAGGAUGAUGUCUUCACGCAAAGCCAAACUGAGGCACUUUGGACUAACUCCUUUAAGAUCUUACAGCAAUGGACUUUUUUUUAACGCCUUACGGAAAGCCUGCCUUAAUUAAUCAGACCCGUUUUCAUUGUCUCUCAUUACCAUUUUAAGCUUGUAUGUGUAAUUUUUUUUUUUUUUUAACUAUAGGCGCUGUAAUUUAAUUUGUUCCCUUUUUGAAAGCUGCCGUUUUAUCAAACUUUGUCCUCUGUGAAGCGAGUGGUCAAUCAAGCACUUUGUUCAAAGAAUUUGUUUACCAAUCCCUGUGUGCAAGAAGCCCUCAUCAGAGUGACUUUCCCCCUCCCCCAUCGAUUACAAAUCAGAAGAAUGUCUUGUUCCUGCUUGAGUUUUACCGUUAAUGUAUGCAGAGGACCUCUGUACCCAAGUCUUCAGUUUACAGGAGGGUGUAGUCAAAGGCACAGAAGAGUUCACCCUUUAUCACAUCACCAUAUUAAUGCUGUGUUCCUUUUGUUUUCAUUUGGUCCCAAUUGGGUGAAUGUUACUUAUGAAUCCAUAAGGGAUGUCACCAUGUUCAGUAUGUUGAUUUUUGAAAAGAAUUUAUUAAAUAAAAAUUACACUGGAGAAGGAGGAAGAAUGUAAGAGAACAGUAUUGCUUAAUAAAAAUGAGUAAACUUGA